GUAGAGUUUCUAUUGAGGGGGUGUCCGGUUACCCUUUUUUCCAGCUUUAGACUGGGGACCUCUCCCUGUGCUACCCGGGCACGUAUCGCAUUUGCUUUAUCGCCUUUCUCUAAAAAAAAAUAAGACACCGUUUUUCCAACUGGACAGAAAUGAGCAUCGAAACGCUCCUGGAAGCAGCCAAGUUUUUGGAAUUGCAAGCCCAGCAACAACAGAAAGCACGUGAGGAUGAACUAAAGGAAAAGCUUCAUCUGGAGCAGUUGACAGGGCAGAGGCACUCGGACGUGAACUAUAACUCAACAAUCCACAUCAACAAUGUCUCUAAAGCAGAGGAACUUCAUACUGAGUGCCGCCCGAUGCCCAUACCACCCUCUCUGCCUCCCUCCUCCAUGCCCAUUACUGUCAUCCCCAUCCCCGUGGUCACCCCCAACCCUACAGGAUCACCCACUCUGCCUGUUGCCACACUCUCCCCUCCAGCUGCUCCUCCACUGACCUCACGCAGGAGAGACCCUUACUCCCCCCAGGAGCAAAGUGCCACUGCUCUGUCGCACUCUCCACAGCCCAAACCUGACCACCCGACCUCUGUGCUGACCGCCAACCACAAGCAGCCGAUACAGAACCACCUCCAUCCACAGCUCAUCACCCAAACCAACAACACUAAACUACAGCAGCAGACACACCAGCAGCUGGUUCAAUGCUAUCCUGGCUCCAUCGUGUCACCCCCACAGCAACAUGCCUUACUCCCACAGUCUGGGCCUGUGCUCCAGCAGCCUCCUCUACAGAAUGGCUCCAACAGCCGGGGGAGUCCUCCUGAUGACGGCCGCCAGCUGGACAACAAGAAGAGACCUGGAGGGGCAGGCACAAGAGAAGUGCAUAACAAGCUUGAGAAAAACAGACGAGCACACUUGAAGGAGUGCUUUGAGACACUGAAAAAGAACAUCCCCAACAUUGAUGAGAAGAAAACCUCCAACCUGAGUGUGCUGAGAAGUGCGCUGAGAUACAUUCAGACGUUGAAGCGGAAAGAGAAGGAGUAUGAGCACGACAUGGAGCGACUGGCCAGAGAGAAGAUAGCCACGCAGCAGAGAUUAGCAGAGCUGAAGAAUGAUCUGAGCCAGUGGAUGGAUGUGAUUGAGAUCGACCGUGUCCUCAGACAGACAGUGCAGCCUGAAGAGGACCAGGCCUCGACCUCCACUGCCUCUGAAGGUGAAGACAUUAUGGACAAUGACCUAGAUGAGGAGACUGCACCAGGAGCACAGACAGCCUUACCCACUGUGCCUCAAACCAUGAAACCUGAGCUGCACAAGACUUCAACACCCAACCAGACCCCAACCCUGACACCUGGCACCACCACUACCUCCUUCAUCACCCAACACAUCUCCAUCCAGCACAAAGCUCGUCUGCACCACCCGCAGCCGCUGCCAAUGACUCCUCCACAGCCAGUAUCCAAGCCUGCAGCUCCAUCUACACUCACAGCCACAACAUCCAGCACUCCCACCACUCCCACUCAGCCCUUGAUCCCCACCCAGACACAGAUGGUGACCGCACCCAGCCUUCACCCCACAGUUAUUGCCCAUGCUUCAGUGUCCCAUCCCUCAGUCAUUCAAGCAGUCAACCAUGUCAUCCAAGGAGGGGGUGCCAAACACAUUACCCACCUGGCUCCUUCCACUACCACCAGCUCUGUCCAGUUAGCCCCCGGCCCUCAGCCUAUUGGCCACAUUACCGUGCACCCAGUGGCACACUUGAGCCAGCAUCUACCUGCUCUCUAUCCUCAACCAGUGGCUGUCACACAGCCAGCUGUGGUUGGUCACAUCACCCACACAUUAAACCAUGCCCACCCACAGGUGAAUGGCACUACACCUAGCCAGCCAGCUGCCACCAUCAUUGGCAAGCAGACAGCAGUGAGCACCCAAAUGGUGGCCCACCAUCCACAACUGGUGGGUCAGACGGUGCUCAACCCUGUGACAAUGGUGACCAUGCCCUCUUUCCCCAUCAGCACUCUGAAGCUGGCCUGAACACUGCCAACAGGACCACCAGGCUGCAGGCAGACACCCCACAACAGGGGAGAAUCACAGGCCUCAGACCAGGCCAUCAACAAGCCCACAACGAGGGCAGGAGAGCUGCCGUACACCUCGCUGCUCCACAGAGUACAUUAAGCAUUAUUGCUGUUGAAAAGUAACUGGGAUCAUUCCUAAAACAAACUGCAAACCUCUGUCAGUAUCACCGCCGUGUCCUGAAAUCUUGAUCCUGAAAUUGGGAUAUGCCAGGCUGCAUGUGGUUGAUAGUCAUCAUGUUGAGUGUGUGUGGCAAUGCAGAGUGGGCAGAUGUGCAGUUUUUAGACCCUCACUUGGCGUUUGUUAUUGCAGAUGAAGGAGCAGUAGUCAUUUUCACAUGAGCUUUACAAAAACAGCUUCAUAUAGGGAAAUGUUGCACUGCCAGUACAAUGUCCAUGACCGUCCUGUGACUGUGUUUAUGUGGGUGUUGUUGGCUAGACUCCAUCUUCUCACUUUGACUGCUGUGGAUUAACUAUAGCAGAUCAUGUACUAUUGAGGCUACAGGGGGUUAUGAGAGCUGUGACAGUGUAAGAUCAGAGUGCUGCCAUAACCAGCACAUUGGGAAUGUGAUUUAAGGAAGCUCCUCCUCUCUAGCAGAGGCACAUGCGGCAGGGCUGGAGCUAAAUCAUGGCCUGAACUAAACCUCCUGCACAGGAGCUGCAGCCCUCAGUCAUGACAUAUACAGCAAUAGCUCCACCUGCUGGCUGUUUGGGUUUAUUGUUAUACUUCUAUCCCUGUGACAAUGAAAAAAAAAUCCUCCAAUGACAUAAUGCUAAUGUGUGUUAUUCAAGACAACAGCACUUAAAGCAAAAGGGUUUGGUUUUUAGUGUCGAAUUAAAGGACAAUCAAACUGUUACUUAUCUCUAUUAUUUGUCCUACAAACAUGCUAGCAACUAUACACUGAGCACAAGUUAGUGUUUUAGGAUAAAGUUAUGUUUUUGUCACAGCUGCUAAUAUUUUUAAAGACAUUUUUGCCAAAUAGAAUCACAGUUUCUACAUGUAGAUGACCCCUUCAUGUAAAUCACAACAGACAGUGGUGUGUUCAAAAGUGUUGGAGAUAAAAACUCGGUCUGAGGGAUUUUGAAUGUGAAAACCUAAAAAAAAAGGUCCAAAAUAUAUAGUAAAGUGUGUUUUAUGCUGUCUUGUAGGGCAAAUGGUAGUAGGAUGUGUGUUUGCAUGCUGUGAAUGCAUGCCAUGGCUGUUAUUGUAGUGAUUAUUUUGAAAGUGAGGACUCGUAGUAGUGCUAUCUGUGGUGCUCUGCGGACUUCGACAAGUUGCAGUUGAAUGUAAGAUUUUUUUUUGGCACAGAAUUGAAGCUGUAUCAUCCAUAUGGGAUCGGUACAAAGUGAUUUCAGCAGCUGACAUAAAUCCAAUCAAUGCUUGUUUUUUUCAAGACCAUCCUUUUCCAAAGCUACCACUGUGAAAAUGAAUUUCUAUUAGUCUCAACGAGCAGCAAACCUACAAUUUAGCAUAGCACUUGCUGGAACAGCAACAUGCUGUGCCCUCCUAAUUUAGUCUGAAUGUAUUGAUCUGUGAAAGGACACAGUAGCACACUCACCAGAAGUUUAGCCCUUUUUUUAAUGUAAAUGGGAUUACUUUAUUAAAGUAUCAUGUGUAUGUAAAGUGUAACAUUUAAAAAUGAUUUUGUAUUUUAAGAUUUACUGUUGCUCGUUUCAUCUGGAGAAUAACGUCUUCUGUUCAGUGUAAAUUUUAUAAUAUAGCUUUUUUUUCCUGGGACCAUGUACAGUGCUGUACAUCAGGGGUAAUGACUACACAGACCUCUUCCCAUGUUUAUAUCACAUUCGGCCACUUUGGAAAGUAUUUACCCUGUAAUUUUUUUUAUAUUUUGUUCUGAUGCAAUAUGAUUACAUCAAGGACUUUUUCUCCAAAGCUCGGUGAGUAAAAAGAUAAAUCAACCCUUCUUUCACUCUCAGACUUCAUGCAAAUGAUUCUAAACAAAUGCAUUUUGAAAUCAUAUUGUAGCAAAACAAAAUGUUUAAAAGUUAACAGGGAUUCAGAUACUUGAAGAAGCAACAACAUACUUGUGUAUUUUCCCUAUGGAGAAAGUUUAAUUUGUAAAUAGCCUGUAAAUGUUGGGCUGCAUUUAGAUCUAACUGUAUCAUGUAAAAAGCAGGAGAAAUGUCAAAUUAAAAAUUUAUAAAAAAAAAAAAGAUACUUAAUAAAUUGUAUUAUGUUUACAAAU